AUGGACCACUCCAACGCCCUGGACCCAAAGGACGAGCCAUUGCUGCCGGGAGAGCAUGAAGCCCCCGGUGUCACCCCGUCGCGCCCAACAAGGCCUGUCCGAUCAGGCGAUGAAGAUGCGGCCAAGCUUGAGUUCGGCGCUGAAUUUGACGAGCAGAAAGGCCAGCCGUUGUUCACGGCUGAGGUCCUUCAAUUGCUCAAGCUUCACAAAGAAAAGAAUCAACAUGUCCAAGUCAACAACAGGCUUCUUGAGCCGUCUCUGGAACACUGCGAACGCUUUGGCCAGAUCGAAACUACAGACGCCGCCAUCAUGGUCCGCGAACAGCUCCAAAAGGUCGAGCCUAGACUACACCCAUUUGAAGUCGCCCAGCUCGCCAGUCUAAUGCCGAAAGAUGCAGAGGAAGCAAAGGCUAUCAUUCCGAGUCUAGCCGCGAACUAUGAUGAUGACGUGCUAAACGAGAUUCUCAAGAACAUGGACGCCUGGUUGUGAUCGCACGCCCUUUCUGUAUCCUCAAUGCACCUGGUGUGAAUGUUUCUUUAGUGAACGGCAUGGCCUUCUUUAAACAGAAUGUAUAUUGCAUUUUAAGGUCUGUCCGCAAUACAGCAGAAUUGCAUCUCACACUGACAUCCUGCAGACAUGGCCGAAGUAUUCCUCACUCCCAUCAAGUUCUUAGCGACCUUUGUCCUUUUUUGUAUACUAGCCUGGGCAAGCUUUUGGAAUUGACUUUGACCUUUGCUUUCGGCAAUCUGUCGUAUAAUAUCGGCCUCAAAGUGACACCGCAAGCACGACCGGCCAGACCUCCAGUUUUGUAAAUAUUGAAACUGCUCAACUCUCGCUCUAUGAUAGUCACGCAGGAUCUGAGCUGCCUCACACAACUUGCGCAUGUUUGCAG